CACUUACGUCUCUUGCUAUAUAUAUGCAUCCACCACUGCUACAUAUACACAGUAACAGACUGCGAGUCUUUAAGCGAUGGACAUCAACAAGACUCUCAUAGCUUCGCUUCUCAUUCUUCUCUCCCUUACCUUCCUCGCUGACUGCUUUCAAAUGGUAAUCACAGAUGAGGUUCAAGAACCCCAGCUCCAAGAAAUAGAUUGCGAUUCAGCAUGUGAUGUGAGAUGUAGAUUAUCGUCAAGGCCAAACUUGUGCAAGAGAGCAUGUGGGACUUGCUGUGCGCGCUGCAAAUGUGUGCCUCCUGGAACCUAUGGCCACUAUGAUACUUGUCCUUGCUAUGCCAACAUGACUACACAUGGUGGUCGACACAAGUGCCCUUAAAAGCCUCGACUUUACAAGCCUUAAUAAAAAUAAUAUCAUUAUUGUAGAAGCAAUGCUUAUAUCGCAGACGGUUGAUGAUGAAAUAAAUAAAAUACUGACGU